GAGCGGCGGCGCGGCCUACUGGCUCGACAUGGGGGGCUUUUUCUCCACCAUCUUUUCCAGUCUGUUUGGAACUCGAGAGAUGAGGAUUCUCAUCCUGGGACUGGAUGGAGCAGGAAAAACAACCAUUCUCUACAGGUUACAAGUCGGAGAAGUUGUUACCACCAUUCCAACCAUUGGCUUCAAUGUUGAGACAGUGACAUACAAGAAUCUGAAGUUUCAAGUCUGGGACUUGGGAGGACAGACAAGCAUAAGGCCAUAUUGGCGGUGUUACUACUCAAAUACAGAUGCGGUCAUCUAUGUAGUGGACAGCUGUGAUAGAGACAGAAUUGGCACUUCAAAAUCGGAGCUCGUUGCUAUGUUAGAGGAAGAAGAGUUGAAGAAAGCCAUUUUGGUGGUGUUUGCAAAUAAGCAGGACAUGGAGCAGGCCAUGACUCCCACAGAAAUGGCAAACGCGCUUGGCUUACCGGCUCUGAAGGACCGAAAAUGGCAGAUAUUCAAAACCUCUGCAACCAAAGGCACGGGGCUUGAUGAAGCAAUGGAAUGGUUGGUGGAGGCCUUGAAGAGCAGGCAGUGAUUCAGAGUGACCACUGCAAAGCAGUUUCAGCUACAUCCAUCAUCCCUUUUUCUGUAGUUGGGUAUUUUCAGGCCACAAAUGGAUUUGGUGGAUUUGAGUGGCUGCUGUAUUUGUGUAAUUAAAACACUAAUAAAAUCUGGAACUGUCAA